AAAUUUGAGAGAGAUAUUGCGAAAAUACUGAGAGGCUCAUUUAUUGUACCGCACCCGUUAUCUUUUAUUGAAGUUUUUUCAUUAAACUUCUAUACAAAAUUGUUAUUUUGUCGCUUUCUUCAUUUGUUCCGUCAGAAAUGCUAAUGCAGCGAUACCCAUAGAUGAUUUUAAAAUAAAUAAAAUCGAAAGAAUAUAAUCAACUUUUCUCUAUCAAAGUGAUUAUGAAAUAACCAUUAUGAUUUCCUUUUGUUUUCUCGAUGAACGUAUUAUAUAGAUCUUUAUCAUAAAAUCUUCACCCUGUAGAUAUAUAUUUGAAAGAAAUAUGGCAUUGAAAAAGUUUUUAAAUUCAUCUAAAAAUGUUAUGAAUAAAAUACUGAUAGAUCUGUUCUUUGUUGAGUAGAUACUUCAUCAAUUGUCCAAUCUGUGUAUUCAUCAGAGCUAACAGUGAAUCAUCAAAUGUAUUCUCGUAGUUGUGACAAAUCAAAUUAUUACUAUGAAACUAUACAAAUCAGUGUGGUUACAGAUGGGUUGUAUAUGAUUACAAGUAACAGUAGUAUCAAUAUAUACGAAUAUAUCUACGAGCACAGUUUCGAUCCAUUUGAUCCAUGGGUAUAUUUAAAACCAAAGUAUUUGGGGACAUGUUCAUUUGAAAAAUCUAGAUACGAAUACGACCUUCGAGUCAAUGUAACAUACAUAUUAGUUGUGACAACAUCGAAACCAGAUGCGACAGGAUCAUUCUCAGUCAUUGUAUCUGGCCUAACAAAUACCAGUUUCAAACGUAUUAGUGAGCAUUCAGACAUUUUCGUCAUAGUUAGCGUCAUGCUUCCGCAUUGUUUUCUAAGAUGGAAAGGGGACUGAAAUUAACAGAAAACCCAAUUCUUUGCCAUAAAGUGUCUUUGUAUGAUCUUCUGGUGAAUCUCCCACAAAAAACACUUAGACUAUGUACGUGAGGAUGUGGGUGUAGAUACAAGGAUCAGAGAAUCUACACCCUCCCACAAGAUAAAAUAGUUUAUUUAACUUUAGUUGAUAAAAGGACAAAUCUUUAUUUCAUUUUUUUUAGUUGAAAAUCAUGAGAAAUGUGUUAUUGGUGGUUCAUGUAAUGUUCAAACGAAAGGUAUUGGUAUAACUCUUGACGAUAUUUUACGUUUUGAAAUUAAUCGAAAUGUGACAUUGAAGAAUCAACCAUUAUUAGUGAAAAUAAGUGUUGCUUUAACAAUAAUUAUGUUUCUUUUGGGUUUAAUCAAUAGUAUUUUAUCAUUUUUAACAUUUCAAAAUGAAAAUUUAAGAAAAGUUGGAUGUGGAAUAUAUCUUUUAGCAUCUUCAAUAACUUCCCUUCUAACAAUUUCAAUGUUUACAAUCAAUUUUUGGUUUAUUCUUCUCACUCAAAUGAAUUC